AUGAAAACACCCUCUCACAAGUACUGGCUCAUUGUUGCCUCCAAGGAUCACAUUGCCAGAGGAAUAGAAUGGGGUAUUGCUCAAGCUUGUCAUGGGAACUGUGAUCCACUCUCGAAAAUGAAAGCUGGAGAUCGGAUUGUUUUUUAUUCUUCAAAAUUGAAAUUCGAAGGUGGAAACAGUAAGGCGAACCAAUGCCAUGCAUUCACAGCUUUGGCCACUGUCAACGAAGAAGACAAACCCUAUCAGGUGACCGUGAGUGAUGAAUUCAAGCCUUGGAGAAUUAAAGUGGAUUUUGAUACUGAUAUGCAAGAUGUACCUGUGAAAAAGUUGUUGAACGAGUUAGAAUUCAUAACGAACAAGAAGAGUUGGGGUAUGUCGUUCCGUAAUGGACAUCGAUCCAUUGCAAGAGAAGAUUUCCUGAAAAUUGAGUCAGCCAUGAAAAGUACUCCUCUGAAUGGAUCGAUGUCCAUUACGGAAUUGAGUCAGCCAUGA